AUGAUUAAAAAAAUUGAUCGUAUUUUAAUUGCAAAUAGAGGUGAGAUAGCGAUGAGAAUUAUUGGUAGUGCUAAAAAAAUGGGAGUUGAGACUGUUUCUGUAUAUUCUGAACCAGAUAAGAAUUCUUUGCAUAUGAAACAUGCCGAUUUUUCAUAUAAUAUUGGACCUGCUAACGCUUUACAAAGUUAUCUUAAUAUGGAUAAACUUAUUGAUGUUGCUUUAAAAUCAAAUUGCCAUGCGGUCCAUCCCGGUUAUGGAUUCUUAAGUGAAAAUUCUGAAUUUGCCAGAAAAUGUAAUGAUGCAGGACUUAUUUUUGUUGGACCAUCACCAAAAGCUAUAAGUGAUAUGGGACAAAAAAAUGUAGCAAAAGAUAUAAUGAGAAAAGCUGGAGUUCCCGUUAUAGAAGGAUAUCAUGGAAAAAGUCAAGAUAAAAAUAAAUUACUUGAAGAAGCAAAAAAAAUUGGUUUCCCAGUAAUGCUUAAAGCAAUAUCUGGUGGUGGUGGUAAAGGAAUGCGUGUUGCUUUAAAUGAAGAAGAAUUUUUUGAAAAAAUGGAAUCAGCUCAAAGCGAAGCUUUUAAGGCUUUUGGAGACAAUAAUCUUUUGAUUGAGAAAUAUAUAGAAAAACCAAGACAUGUUGAGGUGCAAAUUUUUGGUGAUCACUAUGGUAAUUACGUUCACUUAUGGGAAAGAGAUUGUUCUAUUCAAAGAAGACAUCAAAAAAUAAUUGAAGAAGCUCCUGCUCCAAAUCUUGAUUUUGAAUUCCGAAAAAAACUUGGAAAAUUGGCUGUUACAGCUGCAAAUGCAGCUAAUUAUGUUGGCGCAGGAACAGUUGAAUUUAUUAUAGAUCCUAAAAGUGAUUUUUAUUUUAUGGAAAUGAAUACAAGAUUGCAAGUGGAGCAUCCAGUUACUGAAGCAAUUACUGGAGUUGAUCUUGUUGAGUGGCAAAUUAGAGUUGCACAAGGUGAACAAAUUCCUUUAAAACAAGAAGAAAUAAAAUGCAAUGGUCACUCGUUUGAAACUAGAGUUUAUGCAGAAGAUACUGAAUCUGGUUUUAUGCCAUUAGCAGGGAAACUUUCUUAUCUAUCCUUCCCAAAAAACAAUAUUCGAAUAGAUACAGGUGUUUAUGAAGGUAGUAUUGUUUCUGUACAUUACGAUCCUAUGAUAGCUAAACUAACUGUCCAUGGAAAUAAUAGAAAGGAAGCUUUAGCUAAAAUGGAAAAAGCUUUAACAGAUACACACAUUGGUGGAUUAAAAACGAACAUUGAUUUUGUUAAAAAUGUUGUUCAACAUAAAGAAUUUAUUGAUGGUAAUGUAUAUACUGAUUUUAUUGCAGAUAAUGAAAAGAUUCUUUUUUCAAAGAAAGAUAAGUCUGAAGACAAUAUUUUAGAAGCAUCUAUUGGAAGUCUUUUACUUUCUGUUGGAAGAACGAUUUCAAAUAAUCCUUUUAACAUUGAUGAAAUUUACAGAAUGAAUUAUGUUCCUGUCAAAAAGUUUAAAAUUGACAAAGAUAAUAUUGAAGUAGAAAUAUUACCUAACAAUAAUUUUAAAAUGAAAUUUAGAAGUGAAACAUAUAACAUUUCAAUAGAAAAAGUAACAUUUAAUGAAAAUAACAACUACAAAGAAUGCAAAUAUUUAGCUGAAGUAAAUGGAAAAAAACUUAAUGGUAAAGUAGUUCUUAUAAAUGAUGAACUUAUUACAUUUGGAGUUGAUACAUGUGAGUUUAAAUAUCCAUUUUCUGCUGUAACUGCUGGUGAUGUUUCGAAUGAUAUAACCUUUGGAGCCAAAGCUCCCAUGCCUGGUAUUAUUGAUAAAAUUUUAACAAAAGUCGGUGAUAAAGUAAAAGAGGGUCAACCUUUAAUUGUAAUGGUAGCAAUGAAAAUGGAAUAUAUUAUUAAAGCACCAAAAGAUGGUUUGAUUGAAAAUAUUUUAUGUACCCCCGGUAAAAAUGUUUCUAAAAAUGCCAUUCUAGUAAAAUUUGCUGAUAAUUAA